AUGCUCGCCAGAGCUGCGCCCAAGCCGGGUGCCUUGCGGGGAUGUCUCCUCAGCCGCCGCGGGGCUGGGGGGGCUGCCACCCCCAUCCUGCCGACUCCACGACCCUUCAACCAGUUGCCCGGUGACUGGCGAACUGGCUGGCUCAACCUGUACCGCUUCUGGCAAGAGGGUGGCUUCCACAACGUCCAUCACAUCAUGGCUCGCAAGUUCCAGCAGUUUGGACCCAUUUACAGGGAGAAGCUGGGUGUCUACGAGAGCGUGAACAUCAUCAGCCCCCGGGACGCUGCCACCCUCUUCCAGGCUGAGGGGACACUGCCGGAGCGUUUCAGCGUCCCCCCCUGGGUGGCUUACCGUGACUUCCGCAACAAGCCCUAUGGUGUGCUCCUCAAGAAGGGGGAGGCCUGGCGCUCGGACCGCCUGAUGCUGAACAAGGAGGUGCUGUCGCCGCAGGUGGUGGAGGGUUUUGUGCCCCUGCUGAGCGAGGUGGGCGAGGAUUUCAUCCGGCGGGCACAAGCCCAGGUGAGGCAGAGUGGCCGGGACCGCUGGACGGCCGACUUCACCCAUGAGCUCUUCCGCUUCGCCCUGGAAUCGGUGUGCCACGUGCUGUACGGAGAGCGGCUGGGGCUGCUGCAGGACUUCGUGGACCCUGAGGCACAGCGCUUUAUCGACGCCGUGACCCUCAUGUUCCAUACCACCUCACCCAUGCUCUACCUGCCGCCCGCCCUCCUCCGCCACCUCAACACCAAGACGUGGAAGGACCAUGUCUGGGCCUGGGAUGCCAUCUUCUCCCAGGCUGACAAAUGUAUUCAAAACGUCUACCGGGACCUGCGGCUGCAACGCAAGAGCACCAAGGAGUACAUGGGCAUCCUCUGCAGCCUCAUCAUGCAGGACAAGCUUCCCUUGGAUGACAUCAAGGCCAGCGUCACUGAGAUGAUGGCAGGCGGUGUGGACACGACCUCUAUGACUCUGCAGUGGGCUAUGUUUGAGCUGGCACGGUCCCCGGGGGUCCAGGAGCAGCUGCGGGCAGAGGUCCUGGCGGCCAAGCGAGAAGCAGCGGGGGACAGGGUGAAGAUGCUGAAAACCAUCCGGUUGCUCAAAGCUGCCAUCAAGGAGACGCUCAGGCUGCACCCUGUGGCGGUCACCCUGCAGAGGUACACCAUGCAAGAGGUCAUCCUCCAGGAUUACCGCAUCCCGCCCAAGACACUAGUGCAGGUGGGUCUCUAUGCCAUGGGCCGGGACGCUGAGGUCUUCCCCAAACCGGAGCAGUUCAGCCCUCAGCGCUGGCUGGCAGCUGGCCCCAAGCACUUCAAGGGGUUGGGUUUCGGUUUUGGACCCCGCCAGUGCCUGGGACGUCGAAUCGCUGAGUUGGAGAUGCAGCUUUUCCUCAUGCAUAUCCUGGAGAACUUUAAGAUCGAAACCAUGAGAGCAGUGGAAGUUGGGACCAAGUUUGAUCUCAUCCUGGUGCCGGACAAACCCAUCUACCUGACCUUAUGGCCUCUGGAGUGCCAGGCGUGA